GUUAACCGAAGGAUUUAUUCCGAGGCAUAGAAUCUUCCGUUAUUAGAAGUGAUUAGAGGCGCCUCUUGUUCGAGAUGGUGGCUUGCAGAAGAUCCGGACGUUGCAGGAAGAUUUGGGGGUUGCUGCUCGCUUCUAAAUGAUUAUUUGACUUCGGGAUAGGGCCGUGAAGCGUCGAUCAGCCCUGUUCAGUUGAGUCGGGAACAAGGGAUUUGGUUCCGGGGUACUCCGUGCAAGGUGAGCUGACGAAGAUCCUAGAAAGUUUGGGUUUUUGGGCAGGUAAAGCCCCCACCUUUUCAGGCAAUGUCCCGUAUCUGUAAGCUGGGCAAGUGAAGGCCCCCCCUUUGCAGGCUAUUGCGUUGUAUGGGCGAAUAAAGCCCCCCGCGCCCUUACUGGCAAGACCAAUAUAUGUAAUUUUGGGCAAUCGAAGCUCCCACCUUUGGAGGCAAGACCAAAGAAUGUUGAAUGGGCAAGCAAAGCCACCACCUUUACAGGCAAGAUAUAAUGCACGAGCUCGUAAAGCUCCCCGCGCCUUUGCAUGCAGGACCAGUGAUGAACACAAAGGUAAAUCGCUGAUUAACCGAAGGAUAAUGUGAGCAUAUGCCAAGAUAAACCAUUAAAUAUAUCAAUCAAUGAAUACCAUAAUUCGAGUUCGGUCAUAAGCCAAUAUAAUGAUUAAAUAGUAAUAAGUGUGAAUAUAUGCCAAAAUAAACCAUUAAAUGCAUAAAUCAAUGAAUAACAUAAGUCGAGAUCGGUUAUAAGCCAAUCUAAUGAUGAAUAGUAAUAAGUGUGAAUAUAUGCCAAAAUAAACCAUUAAAUGCAUAAAUCAAUGGAUAACAUAAGUCGAGAUCGGUCAGAAGUCAAUCUAAUGAUUAAACAGUAAUAAGUGUAAACAUAUGCCAAAAUAAACUCUUAAGGGCCAUCUACAAUGGAGUGUUUUAGUCGUAACAGCGCUAAAACUACGACCAUGUCGUCUACAAUGUAAACGACGUAGCAGUGAUUCAAGCCAGCCAAUGAGAAAAUCAAAGUUAGAAAAUGGUGAUUGAUGGUGAUUUAGUUUUCCUGAAGAAGUUUGUUUUUGUCGGCAGUAGUUAUGGACAACUUGAGAAACAUUGGACUUUCCUUUUUAUUAUUGUGUUUAUCUUGGCAUAAUUUAUUGCUAUUACAAUGGCAAUCUAGAAGGAAGAAAUCGACGCAACGACGCUGGUGGAUUCGACCUGUGAAUAGGUUACGAAAUACUCAAGGGUUUUAUCAUAACAUUGUUCAAGUAUUACUUCAGAAUGACCACGAAGAGUUUUUUGGAUUGUAUAGAAUGUGGCCCGAACAGUUCAAAUUGCUAGUAAAUAUGCUUCAUCCUCAUCUUCGGAAGAACAGUAUCCGGACUCCUCUACCUACAGAGCUGCGCUUAGCUGUCACUUUGUUAUACUUAUCCCAGGGUGACAGCGCUAAAUUAAAACAUGCAGAAUUUAGAAUAGGCAAAUCAACUGUUCAUAAAGUAGUGCAUGAGACUUGUCAGGCGAUUUGAACAGCACUACAACCAAUUGUUUUAAAAUCUCCUAGUAAAGAAGACUGGAAAUCCAUUAGUCAUGAGUUCAUGACAAAGUGGCAAUUUCCAAACUGUCUAGGUGCAAUAGAUGGAGGUCAUAUGAGAGUACAGGCUUUUCCCAAUUCUGGAUCAGCAUUCUACAAUUAUAAACAGUUUUUUAGCAUGAUAUUACUUGCCAUCUGUGAUGCAGCAUACAAAUUUACAUGGGUUGACAUUGGACAAUAUGGUUCUAUAAGUGAUGGCGGAGUAUGGAUAAACACUGAUUUAGCACAUGACCUCACUGCAGGCAAUGUACCCUUGCCAGAUCCAACACCACUUCCAGGGACAAAUAUUCCUUUUCCCUUUUUUUUUAUUGGUAACGAGGCUUUCCCACUAACAUCAUAUAUGCUGCGGCCCUAUCCUCGCAAAGAGCUGACUGAUGACAUGAGGAUCUUUAAUUAUCGCUUGUCACGUGCACGAUGCACGAUAGAGAAUGCUUUUGGUAUUCUGACUGCGCGAUGGCGUAUCUUACAAAAACCUUUAUGCAUGUCAACAACAAAUUGUGAAUAUGUGUUUAGGGCUCUUGUCUGCCUACAUAACUUCAUUAUGAUUGGAGAGGAACAUAAAACUAUUAACAAUCGUCGGUAUUGUACAUCAGAUCUCAUUGAUACUGAGGAGAACGAUGGCAGCAUUAGAGAAGGGUAUUGGAGACAGCACUUUUACCCACAGUUUGCUGAAGUUCGUCGAAUGGGUGCUAACCGUGCAGGUUCUAUACCGAAGGACAUGAGGAAUUACCUUAAAGAAUAUUUUGUCUCUCCAACUGGUGAAAAUCAAGUUCCAUGGCAAUACGAGUACGCAUUCAGGGGAGCGACUAUUACUCAUCCUCCUCAGUGAUAUUACAAUUAGUUUCUUAAUAUAAGUCUAUAUGAUAGGUAUAAAUAUGUUUUAUUUAAGUAUAUAAUAUGUAUUUAUAAUAUUUGAAAGAACAGUAAACCCAAAUAGAAAUUAAUAAAAAGUAUUUAUUGAUACGUUCUCAAAAUGU